CUGUUUGUCUAUCCCUUUCCUUGACAUGUUAUUUUAUCAACAAAUCCCUCACUCCACAUCUCUCUCUUCCAAACCCUCCAUUAUUUUUUUAUGGGUUUUCCACUCCAGCAAAACCACUCACUAAAACCUCUCACUUGAUCCAAGAAAAAAGAUUCUUUUUUUUUUGUUACUGUGAUGUAAAAAAAAUUGUUUUUACCAAGGGUUUUGUUUUCUUUGUUAUUUUUUAUAAAAUUCUGGGUUUUGUUUGGUUCUAUUGACAGCAAUGGAGAAUCGCAGUGAAGCAGAAUCAAGUCCUUUUAAGAGUUUGGUUGCGGCUGUAUCAUAUGGGAUUGCUUCAAUGGCUAUGGUUUUUAUCAAUAAGGCCAUUUUGAUGCAAUAUGGUCACUCAAUGACCCUUCUCACUCUGCAGCAACUGGCGACAGCAUUGCUUAUACAUUUUGGUAGGCAAAUGGGGUAUACGAGAUCAAGGGGAGUAGAUAUGCAAACAGCUAAAAAACUUCUCCCGGUUUCACUAUUCUACAAUGCUAAUGUGGCAUUUGCUUUGGCUAGCUUGAAAGGAGUUAAUAUUCCUAUGUAUAUUGCAAUAAAGAGACUCACACCACUUGCGGUACUUAUAGCUGGAUUUUCUUCAAGAAAGGGAAAACCUACAACACAGGUUACUCUCUCUGUGCUAUUAAUUGCUGCUGGAGUUAUUAUAGCAGCACUUGGAGAUUUUUCUUUUGACCUUUGGGGUUACAGCAUGGCCCUUACUUCUGUUUUCUUUCAGACAAUGUACCUUGUGUUAGUUGAAAGAUCUGGUGCAGAGGAUGGCCUCUCUUCUAUUGAGAUAAUGUUCUAUAACAGUUUUCUUUCUCUUCCAUUCUUGAUGUUUCUCAUCAUAGCAACAGGAGAAUUUCCAAACUCUCUAGCAUUAUUGUUUGCAAAGAGUAAUUCUUUAUCAUUUUUGGUGAUCCUCGUUAUUUCUUUAGUAAUGGGCAUAGUUCUCAACUUCACCAUGUUCCUGUGUACCAUAGUCAACUCAGCUCUAACAACAACCAUCGUGGGAGUUCUCAAAGGUGUUGGGUCCACGACCCUUGGUUUUGUCGUACUGGGUGGCGUGGAAGUCCAUGCUUUGAAUGUGACUGGAUUGGUUAUCAACACAACUGGUGGGGUGUGGUACUCAUAUGCCAAAUACCAGCAGAAGAUGAGCAAACCUCCAAGGCAAGUAUCAGAUGUAGAGGCACAUCACAAAUAGGUCUGCUUUGGAGGAUCACCAACGGUGAUGAAUUGCUGCUUCAGGCAGUUCCUUGUCUGAUUUUUGUCAAUUUCCCUACACUGUAAUCAUUCACAAUGAUCUCAUAGUAACAACCAAAAGGGGUGAAAAAUGAAGUACAGCAAUAUUUUUAUGUUGUUAAAGAAUAUUCAAUUCUAUAGCAUGUCCUUGCUACAGGCUCUUGAUUUCAGUGAGAAAAUGUCACGAUCGAAAUGAUUGAUGCUGUCGGCUGAUUUAGAUUGGAUUAUUGUGCUUGAAAUUGAUAUUCUAGCCGCAGUAUGUUGUUCAAAGCAUUUUAAUUCUGUGAAAUGAAAAGCUUCUCUUAGCUCA